AUGUCGUUUUCAUCUAAUUCAACCUUUAAGCACAAGAAAUAUAGUCCAACUAAAGCUACUGUUGAUAUUUCAAAACGUAAUCAGAGACAAGAACUUACUGUUACUAUUCCCGUAUCAACUGAAUGGAAGGGUGCUAUGAAACAUCUUGGUGGAAGAGAUUAUAGUGAUGUUCAUACUAUUUCAGCUUUAUCUAUGCUUUCUGGUUCCAGACAAUUUAUAGAAAUGUGUGAUUGUUUUGAUCAAUUUAAAAUUAUGGAUGUUCAUAUUUGUGGCGAUGUUAGUAAAGGAGUAUCCACAUUAAUGAAUUUUAGAGUGUGUUUUAUAAAGAGUAUCA